AUGAAGAUCAAGGCAAUUUCGCGCGUUGAAGAGGAUUACACGCGCGAGUGCAAGGCUGACCUGCUAAAGGUUCAUCGUAACCUAGACCCGGCGCUUCGUCCACUGCACAGGGCCAAGGAAUACAAACGUGCGCUUAACGCGGUGAAGUUAGAUAAAACAUUCGCGAAACCUUUUCUUGGCGCGUUGGAAGGUCAUAAUGACGGUAUCACAUCGCUGGCGAAGUCCCCGACACACCUCUCAGUCGUGUUAUCAGGUGCUGCCGACGGCGAAAUCCGUCUUUGGGACAUGACUUCUAGGCGCUCUCUGCGCAUCUUAUACGGCCAUGCAGGAGCCGUCCGAGGAUUAUCAGUGACUUAUGAUGGUCGAAGAUGUAUCUCGUGCGGCGACGAUGGCACGAUCCGGCUUUGGCCAAUGCCAAGGGCUGCUCUUAGUGAGAUGUUUAGCAGCGGCGGUUCGGUCAUACCGAGGCAACAUGCGAAGCUUGUGUGUGAUACAAAAACUGGCGGCGCAUUGAGGGAUGUAGACUGUCACUGGGGGAAAGAGACAUUCGCAACGGCGGGCGCUGCAGUUGAGAUUUGGAGUGAGGGUAGAACGGAACCAGCUGCACAGUUUAGCUGGGGGGUCGAUACUGUUUUAUCAGUUCGUUUCAACCCUGUUGAGCCUGAUGUAUUUGCGUCUUGUGGCAGCGACCGGUCUAUUGCUCUCUACGAUGUUAGGACGCAGACGCCGAUAAGAAAACUUGUGAUGCAAACCAAGAGCACCAAACUUUCUUGGAACCCGAUGGAAGCCUUUAAUUUUACUGUUGCAAACGAGGACACCAACCUGUAUUCGUUUGACAUGAGGAAACUUACCGUUGCGACAUGCAUACAUAAAGAUUUUGUUAGUGCAGUGCUUGACGUGGACUACUCACCCACUGGGCGGGAGUUUGUUGCUGGAUCGUACGACCGCACGGUGCGGAUUUUCGAUUAUAAUGGCGGGCAUUCUCGUGAUGUUUACCACCUAAAGCGGAUGCAGCGAGUGUUCUGCACUCGCUUCAGUAUGGAUGGCACAUAUGUAAUAAGUGGUUCGGACGACAUGAACGUAAGAGUUUGGAAGGCCAAAGCCGGGUCACAACUUGGCACACUUUUGCCGAGAGAGAAACGAGCGAAGCAGUAUAGGAACGCACUGCAAGAGAGAUUUAAACACAUGCCGGAGAUUAAAAAAAUAGCACGGCACCAACAUGUACCCAAGGCGAUUCAUCAGGCGCAAAAAAUGCGUCGAACAAUGGAAGGGGCCGUGCGAAAGAAGAAAGCCAACAGGGUCGAGCAUGGUGCUGCCAACGCUGCCGUCGAGGAGUACAUGCCGGCAAGGAAAGAGCGGAUCGUAGCCGAGGUUGAAUGAUAAACAUGCAUUUGGAUACACUC